AAUUGUACACCAAAUAAAAACUUUAUCUGUAGUUUAUUAUGAAAACCUUUAUUUGCCUCUAGUCUUCUAUCUACUCCAUCCCUCGUACUGUAGGAGGCGCUGUGCCGUUAUUUAGUCUACCGGUAAAACCACUGAAGAAAGACAACAACUGGAGCAUUCAGACGACAUUGACCAUGAGAGCGCAGAUGGAUGUGAACUGCUGUAAAUCAGUAGGAACGGAUCUGUCCAUGCUGGAUAUUGAGGAUUUCAUCACUGAAAUCUGUCAGCUGAAGAAAGAGGUGGCGUCACUGGAGGCAAAGCUGAGAGAAAGAGGAGACAAACCCGACAGAGAGGUUUCAGUGUGUGUGACUGAUGGGACAGAAGCUCAGGAUUCAGUCUGGAGAUCCAGAGACACACAGGACUCAGAGCUCAGCCUCACUUUACUGUGUUAUACUGACGCUCAGGAUCAUGGAUCCGCUGAUCAAACCUCUGACUGUAACGCUGGAGAACUGCAGAUGAAGAUGUGCUUCGUCAAACUGGAGGACUGCAGGAGCCUGAUAGAGAGACGAGGAGAAGAAACCACAGUAGAGGAACAACAACAACAGAGUCAUAAGGAGGAGGAUGAAGAUGAGAAUAAUGAUGAUGAUGAUGACUUUGUUCCUCCAGAUGACAACGCUGGUUCAUCUUCUGAUGGAGAAACUGCCUCUACAUCCAAACAGCGACUGACUGUGAAGAGAUUCUCCUGUGGAAAAACAGUCAGAAAACUAGGGCUUUUAACGAGACGUAAGAUAAAACACACAGAGCAGAAAGACUUCACCUGUAAGAUAUGUGACAUCAGCUUUCCUACCUCAAAAGAGAAGAGACUUCAUUCAAAAGAGCACACCGUGAAGAAGGAGUUUCGCUGCAAACAGUGCGGGAAGGAUUUUUUCACCACUCCUUAUAAUAUGAGAGCUCAUAUAAAGACACACAGCGAGAAAACUUUGCACUGCAGCGAGUGCGACAAGUAUUUCCGCACCAACCAACAUCUUUUAAUGCAUAAGAGAAUCCACACUGGUGAAAAGCCGUACCAGUGCCCUCAAUGUGAGAAGAGCUUCAACCAGAGGCCCCAUCUGAAGAGCCAUCUACGCAUUCACAGCAAUGAGAGGCCGUUUCAGUGUCCCCUUUGUGAGAAGAGCUUCAACCAGAGGCCCCAUCUGAACAACCAUCUACUCAUACACACCAACAAGAGCCCAUACAAUUGUCCCCUCUGCGAGAAGAGCUUCAAAUGUGGAACCAGUCUGAAGAAACAUCUACUCACACACACCAGUGAAAGGCCGUAUCAGUGCAGUGAAUGUGAGAAAACCUUUACAAACUCAAAUUCUCUGAAGGAACACCAAAAAAUACAUUCUGAUAUCAGACCAUAUCAGUGUUCACACUGUGAGAAACGUUUCUAUCAUUCAGCGCACCGGAAAACCCAUGAGAGGACUCACACCGGGGAGAAACCAUACCUGUGCUCCUUCUGCGGGAAAAGCUUUGCUAGUCCAUUUUAUUUCAAAGUUCAUCAGAGAGUUCACACUGGAGAAAAACCUUAUCACUGUGGUGAUUGUGGGAAGGGAUUUACUAAUUCAGGUGGCUUACAAAUGCACCAGAGAACUCAUACAGGAGAAAAACCUUUUAAAUGCUCACAAUGUGACAGGAAUUUCACUCGAUCAAGUGACCUAAAGAUCCAUGAGCGAUGGCAUACAGGAGAGAAACCUUACCACUGCUCCAUCUGUGGCGAGAGAUUCUCUUUUAAAUGGGGUUUUAAGACUCACCAGAAGAAACACGCUGCUCCAGAAUCAUCAUAGCUUCAUCUAAUCAUUAAUAAUUAAAAAAAAACACCUAGUCAAGUCACCUUCAUUUAUAUAAUGCUUUUAACAAUAUGGACUGUUUCAAAGCAGCUUUUCAGUGAUAAUUCUAGAGCUGCUGUGAAGCCAAAACAAUCUCUGUUACUCCAAUUUCCUAUUAAGUAAUUGUUCAGCUAAAGUUAGUUUUGAUUCACUUCCGUCACAACGAUCAUUAGUUAUUAAAUUAGGGGCCCUUUUCACAACACCGACACCGGCCCACUCAUUUGCACAACAGUGUUUGGUGCUCAAGAACACAAACCUUGAAAUAGGUCCCAAAGUCCAAGCAUUUUUUCUUUCGUUUUUUUUAAUAUCUGCCUGAGCUUCAAAAACACAAACCUGUGAAAACGCUGAUGGCGUGUACAUAAGUAUUACGUGUUUAGUCUAUAGGUAUGCAUGUUUAAAA